CGGAAGAGAAGGGGCAGCUCUCCCAGCCAUCUUGUGGCAGCAUCCAGCGAAUUGUUCGCAUCAAGCCUCGUAGAAUCGGAGGUGAAUCCCGCUGAAGGGGCGCCAUCAUGCCCGGACACCUGCAAGAAGGCUUCGGCUGCGUCGUAACCAACCGGUUCGACCAGUUAUUGGACGACGAAUCCGACCCGUUCGAGAUCCUGAAAGCUGCUGAAAACAAGAAGAAGGAGGGGGCCGCCGCUGGGUCCACCAAGACCGCCGCUCAAGCCGCCAAGCAGCCGAAGAAGGAGUCACAGAAGGACCGAAAGAACCCGCUGCUGGACAAGAAGGAGGAGUCACAGGCUCCUGUCCCCCUGAAGAAAGAGGGUAUCAGGCGGGUGGGCCGAAGACCAGACCAGCAGGGCCAGCCUGGCUCUCAGCAUCAGGGUGGACAGGGUGAGGGGCGACCUGGAGACAAGAGGCCUGACCGGAGACCUCCCCGCGAGCGCCGCUUUGAGAAGCCGUCUGAGGACAAGCCUGAAGGAGGAGAGUUCUCUGUAGACAAACCCUCUGGAGACAGGCCACCGAGAGGGCGUGGUGGUGGUCGGGGUGGGCGUGGUGGAAGAGGCCGGGGUAUGGGACGAGGAGAUGGCUUUGACUCCCGUGGGAAGCGAGACUUUGACAGACACAGUGGCAGUGACAAAUCCAAUCAGAAGAGCGAGGAGAAGCGUAGCGGCGGCGGUUCAAACAACUGGGGCACCGUGAAGGAAGAAGUCAGUGAGGCUGAACAGACUGCUACUACUGAGACGACCACAGAGGGAGAAGAAAACGCACCUGCCGGCUCUGAGAACAAAGAAAACGAGGUUGAAGAGGUGAAAAAUGAAGGCCCCAAAGAGAUGACCCUGGACGAGUGGAAGGCCAUGCAGGACAAGGAGCGCACCAAGGUGGAGUUCAACAUCCGCAAACCCAACGAGGGAGCCGACAGCCAGUGGAAGAAAGGAUAUGUGCUGCACAAGUCCAAGAGUGAAGAUAGGCCUGUUGGAGCUUUGAUUGAUGCAGCAGAGACGGAAGCAGACUCACACACUCUGUACCACAAGGCCAACCCUGACGAGUCCAGCGACCACCACUUCCGCAAACCAGCCAACGACAUCACAUCUCAACUGGAGAUCAACUUUGGAGACCUGGGCCGCCCUGGCCGCGGGCGUGGGGGAGCUCGUGGGGGCAGGGGAGGCCGCGGAGGGGGAGGCAGCAGGACAGCACGCGGGGGAGGACGCUCCGAAAAGGCUAGUGGAGUGUCAGUUCCUAAUGUGGAUGAUCCUGAGGCCUUCCCAGCUUUGGCCUAAAGGGUUCCUUCCACCACCAGCCCACCCAUCAGCCCUUCCGGGUCCCUCCUCUACGAGGCUUGCAUGCUUACCACAUCUUCAAGUAUAUAAGAAAAGAAGAAGAAGAAAAAAAAAGAUUUUAAAUGACAAGAAAAGACUGUCAUCCCAUACCACUCACACCACCAGAGGACUAAAUUUUACCCAUUUUAAAGGAGAACAAAAGACAAAAAAAAGGCGGAAAAAGGACCUCUUGUUACACUGAAGUUUUGUAUUUAGGAACAUGAAAGCAGGGAUGUUUUCAUACUUUUUCCCUUUUUUCAGAGAUUAUGCAUACUUCAUUGACUCUUUUUUUUCGCUGCUUGAAUCACUGCAUUUCUGCAAUUAGGUUGAAGUGUGCGUAUUAAGUCCCCCUAAAGCAUUUGUGCUUUUCUUCCCUCCCCUUAUGACUUCAGCUCAGUAUUAUGGGGUCAUCUUAGAAAAGACUUUGUACUGGAGUUUUCCUCCCAGUAAUACACACUGAUGUGGUAGCACUACACUACAUAGGAAACUUGUACUAGAUAUCUGAAGUAUGGCUUAACAUGCAUUUAAAGUGUAAUUACUCUGACUCUGAGUAUCCAUCCUUUUGCGAGGCACAAAUCCAGGAUGGGUAACCAGGCGAAGUGACUUCCUACUAAGGCUUGGUAUUUUUCUGCUUGUUGUGCAGUGAAAGUAAAUGCCUCUUCUCCUUUUAUUUUUUUCUUUUUCUGUUGAUAGCUUGCCUUUUUUUCAGUGGACCAGUAGUUAGUAAAGCUUUGUAUCUCCUGAUCCAGAUGUGCUACCUGUGUUUUCAGGCUGUCCCAGGGCCCAUUGUAUAUCUUUAGGCUGGUCCUUGUAGGUCAUACGGACUGUGCUACUUGUUAACUUCAGGACCACUAAGCAUUUUUUUGUUAAGGAUGUGUGUGUGCUUGUGUGAAUGUGUGUAGCAAAGUGUGAAUGUGUGAAUUUGACAGCUAGUUACUUAGAUUUUAAGUAUUCCUCUGCAAUGAACUUGCAAUUCUCAAAUGGUAAAGCGCGAGUUCUCGUGAUUGUUGAAAUCUAGGUGAGAAUGAUAGCUAGACCAUGGACAUAUCUUGCUCUUGGAGUAUCUGUAACGUCUUUCAGAUCUCAAAGCACUUGGUUUUAUCAGCACCAGCCCUCUGAAGAUUGUGUUUCUCCUCUUUCUGUGAACCAUAUUUGCUGUUUGUUUUUAUUUUAUUAGUGCAGCAGCACCAAAUGCAUAAUUGUCUGAAAGAAAUGUCAGCUGUCAUCGUGGAACAAUCAUGAGCUACAGAAUGUAAAAUAAGCUAAUGAUGCUUCGAGCCACCUGUGUCAGCAUUUCCAGUGAACUUUUAAUGAAGCGGGUAUAUUUCUCAAUGGGUUGGGUUGGGAUUUUAGGGGAGGGAUUGCGGCCAUGAUGAAGUAAAAUUCAAAGCUUUACACGCUGUGCUCUGCAAAGACUAGCUGGUGAUGCACUGAUACAGACGGCUGGAGCCAUGUUUUUUUCUUGUAGGACUGUUUGAGCCACAUGACGGUGAAACUUUCUCUGCAAACAUCCCUGUUCUAAUAAAUUGCUUUAGAGGUGUUACAUGUACUCUGCUGAUGGCUGUUGGGUUGUUUAAAAUCAAAACUGUGAUUUUAAAGUGUAAAUGAAUAUGCUUUGGACUCCUCAUUGCUUGAAGCACACUGAAGCUUUAUGAAGAACUAUAAACUCCAGAUUUAUUUGUUGGUUUUGGUGCCACCUGUAGACAAUGCUGUUUUUUCUCUCUGCUGAUUUAACUCUGUACGUCUGCAAGUCAGGUUUUUAGGGAAAAAAAAUUCGGCUCUCUUUACAGUUAAAUGUUCCUUUCACUUAAAUCAUACCUGUAGAAAAUGUAAAAAGAGAAAGCAGUUGCUUCAGUGUUUCAUUAGUUGCCUUGUCUUUUGCCUACCCUACAGAUAAGGCGCUACAAGUAACUGUAUAGACAUGUGAAAUCAUGUUGCUGUUGUUUUUCUAAGUGAAAGAAAAAUCACCAAUGUCAAUUUUAUUGUGUUUCAUAACCAGCUUAAUGCUCCUAGCAGGACAUUUAAGGAUAAUCUGAUAUAUAUUUUUGAGGGACGUAAAUGUUCCAAAAGGGUUUAAUUUACUCAGUUUCCCCCAUUCAGAACUACUUAAUAAAAGAAAUGUAGUAUAAAA